CCCAGCGUGACAGCGCAGCCUCCAUUUCGGCGCUGCGUCCACAAGGCGGAUGCACCAAGGCUCUUGCUGCAGCAGCGCGACGGCUUCUGCGAAUGCGAUCUCUGCCAAAGAGCGGCGCAUCCAAUGACACCAAGGAACAAACGUCGGUCAAGAGCAGCAGCGACAGCACAAGGAUCGGCCCGACGAGCGAAGCCCACACCCGCACUCGCAUUCCACCACGCGCGGCCUGUCCCCUGUCGCGGCGUCGGCCAGCCAUCGUCCCACAAUCCGCGCCGCUUCGAUGGGCCGUGACGGCAUAUAAACCGACCCGUUCCGCAACCCGACUCCAGUUCCUCACCGCCCUCGCUGACUCGCUCGACAGGAAGAAUCAGAAUGAAGGUCCAGUCUGCCGUCUUUGCCCUUGCCGCCGUCGCGGGUGCCAAGGCCUCCGUCUCGCCCAUCUACAAGACCCAGGUCAGCGGCCUGACUCUCUCCGAGACCAUCGCCCUCAACACUGCCGCCAGUGUUGCCCGAUGGACCGAGCGCUUCGGUCUCUCUGUCCCUGCGGACGACAACCUGAUCGCCUCGGGCAACGACCUCCCCCUCUUCAACGCCGGCAACUUUGCCUACUUUGCCAACAUCACCAUCGGCACCCCUCCCCAGAACUUUAUCGUCGACCUCGACACCGGCUCCCACCGCCUGUGGGUUGAGGGUGCCGCUUGCGCUCUCUGCGCCGGCCCCGACAAGUACAACCCCAACGUCAGCUCCACUGCUGACGUCACCGCCACUAUCGAGCGCCAGACCUACGGUGCCGGUGACUGCAACGGCACCAUCACUUAUGACACCGUCACCUUUGCCGGCUACGCCUCUGUCGGCCAGGUCUUCAGCGACAUCUUCUCUGUUGACUCGGUCUUUGCCCAGCAGACCGGCGGCGGCAUGGAUGGCAUCCUGGGUCUCUCCUACAACGGCCCUGCUCAGACCGACAAGACUCGCGAGACUGUUGUCCAGUCUCUGAAGCGAACCGGUGUCAUUGACAAGGCUCUCUUUGCCUUCUGGCUCAACGGCUCCGUCACUGGCAACAACGACGGCGUCACCGGCGGCGAGUUCUCCCUCGGCGAGUACGACUCCAGCCGCUACACCGGCGACAUUACCUGGCUCAACCUGGAUCCCAUCGCGACCAAGAAUGGCCCCAUCAAGUACUACUGGAGCCACAGCCUCACCAACGUCCGCAUCGGCGACAAGAACACCCCCGUCACCGACGGCACCCUCGGUAUCCUCGACACCGGAACGAGCUUGAUCGUUGUCCCUCAGACCCACUUUGACACCAUCAUCGUGCCUGCCCUCCCCAGCACCCCCGUCUACAGCCCCGCCUACGGCCUGUACACUGUCGACUGCAACACCUUCUCGAGCUUCCCCGAUAUCAACGUCUCGCUCCAGGGCCACGAGUUCACCAUCCCCAAGGAGCAGUACAUCAUCUAUGAUCCCUCCGGCCCCACUUGCCUUCUCGGCUUCCAGUCUAUUCCCGGUGUCCCUGGCUGGGUUCUCGGCGACGUCUUCCUCCGCAACUACUAUGCCAUCUAUGACUACGACAACGCCCGCUCUGGUCUGGCUGUCUCUGUCGGAGCGUCCCUCCCUCCCCAGGUUCCCUCUGCCAGCCCCAGCGCCUCUGCCACCCCCACUCCCUCUGCCUCUGCCUCUGCCUCUGCCUCGGCUUCGGCUUCGGCUUCGGCUUCUGGCUCUUCUUCGGCCACCGCCUCUGCCUCUGCCUCUGCUUCCGCCUCCGCCUCCGCCUCGGCUUCUGGUUACUCCACCGCCACCGCCACCCCCACCAGCACUGCUGCUCCCUACAAGUGUGUCCCUAUCCAGACCGCCUACUAAACUACCCCCCGGUCCCCUCAGACGCGAACCGAUGGUUUCUCCGUCGGGCUGAUCGCAUCCCCCCGCUCUCUAUGUCGGCUAGUUUCGCUCCCCGUAAAUAGAACCCCACCCCACCGAUUCUAUGUUUCCAUAUGAAUAAACCAAAAGUGGAAAGCAACCCCUUCCCUUCUCUGCUA